AAUUUUUCCGAAAUUAUAGAUUCUGUAACGGCUACUCUUGGAACUCCAGAACAAAGAUUACGUCAAGACCUUUCAAACAGUUACCAUCAUGACGUUCGGCCCGUGAUCAAGCCUGGUGACGUCAUCAACAUCACUUUUGAUUACAAGCUUGGAAGGAUUGUCGAUUUGGACAUCAAAAAUCAGGUCCUCACUACAGAUGCUUGGAUAAUUCAGUCGUGGGAAAACCCGUACCUUGGAUGGAAUGAGACUGAAUACGAAGGUUUACACACACUGCAUAUGUCGCCUAACGACGUUUGGGUACCGGAUAUUGUCCUUUACAAUAACGCCGACGAGGAUGUGACGUUGGCGGGGUUUAAAGAGAAAUUCAAGACGUAUGUGAUAGUGGAUAGUUCAGGAGUGAACAAGUGGAUGUCACCCGCCACAUUCAAGAGUUCUUGUGACAUGGUGGUCACAUUUUAUCCGUUUGACAAACAGAGGUGCGAAAUGACGUUUGGUUCAUGGACUUUUGACAACAGGCUACUAAAGAUGGUCAGCAAGAGCAGUAAACAUACACAUGCAGAACAUUUUAUAGCGAGUGGGGACUGGACCUUAGAAGAUGUGACAAUUGAGACUGUGGACAAAGUAUACGACUGCUGCAAUCAUCCCUUCUCUGAUGUCACAUACACGUUCCAUUUUGAACGGAAAUCGUUAUAUCACGUGCUGUACCAGAUGCUGCCUUGUGUUGUGAUAGCACUUCUCGUCAUCCUCAACUUCAUCACCCCCCCUGACAGUGGGGAACGAAUCAGCUUCUGUAUAACAAUCCUCCUGUCCAUGAGUGUGUAUCUGUUAAUUCUGGCCGACUCCUUGCCGGUCACGUCAGAUAACGUGGCUAUACUCGGCAUGUAUUACAUGGCGACCAUAUUUCUUAUCGGGUUCAGCCUGGUGGGCACGGUUGUGGUGCUGCGAUGUCACUUCGCAGAGAGCAAACCGUCUGCUUCUCUGGUUAAGUUCGCCAAGUUUGUGCUCAGGCGUCGAGAUAGAAAGAAAACGAGCAACACAGUGUUCGCACGCUCAGCGUCGCUACCAGAAAAAGAGCAAACAGAGGAGAUUGAAAUUAAAAAGAUUGAAGACUUUGGCAGCGAACGCACGCUGCAAUUUAUUGCCAACAGUAUACAGGAACAGAAGGAACUGAACGAAUGGAGGGACUCGUGGAAAGAGAUCGGGGAAGCGACAGAUAGAUUGCUUCUUGUUAUUUUCAUCAUCGUUACUCUCAUAGCUACAAUAGCCAUCUGGUUUCAAAGACCGUGAUUGACUUAUUUGAUCCGAAUUUGAUCUUUUGAAGGCUAGUCACGCCAUCUUUAUAGAGGAUAUUGCGUGACAAGCAUAGAGGGUUCCCUACUUGCCCCAGUCCUACGCUUUGUAAACUCGCCCCCACCCAGCAUGUCGAGAUAGAACUGGGUCUUAGGGAUCAUAGCUUUAGUACAAAACUUACAAAGCUUGUCUGAGAUAAAUAAGCUAAAAUUGGCAAGAACUGCCAAUUAAACUGAUGUACGUUUUACUAUUUUACGUCUAAACGAAACAGAUAUAGUUUACAAGCACUUAAUGACUGAUCCCAAGGGAAAAAGUGAGUUUUGUUUCCCGGAGGCGAAGCCGAGGAGAACAUUGAGGGUCGAAGGGAAACAAAACUCGCUGUUUCCCUUGGGGCCUGGACUACGAGUAGUCCCUCUUUCGCUUAGUCUGUCGUGCGUGACGCGAAAGAAAACCGUGAGAAAAAAAUGGCCGCGCGAAAUCCUGGGGGGCGAGAAGCGCGCGAAAGGAAGAACUACUAUUUCUUCCCCGUCACGCACGACGGACUAUAUAAAGCAUAAAAGGAAUCGAACUACUCGUAGUCUACGUGGGCCGGACAUUAAGUGUUAAAUAUUCCAACUAAAAAAUCAUGUGGGACAAACUGCGAAAAACAUAAUUAUUUGCCUGACACCGGAUGGCAAACAAAUUUCCCGCGGUUUGAAUGUGGACGACAUGAUCACGUGCCAGUCGAAAGUUCAAGCCGUAGGAGAAUUAGCGAGUUCUGACACAUGACACCUUUUAUCCUUCAAUUGGAAAACAUAUUUGAACUGGGAGGUAUAGCAAACAUAUUUUAUCUUGUUUUCAUGUCUUUUUUGCCUUUAUUGGUUGAAUUUCAAUUUAGUUUUCCAUUUUACUGAACUGAAUCACGUAAAAAAAUUCCUCUAACUUGCAAGGUGUAAACAAAUAAGAA